AUGUACCCAAUCGAUGAGUCGCCUAUGCAAGAGGGUUUGCAAUCUAGCUACUGGAAAAUCGAUUACGGUUCUCCAUUAAAUCCAUACGAAUUUUUGAAUAGUUUGGACGUCAGCCAGGACUUGGUUGCCGUUGGAUCUUCUUCAAGUCUCCAGAAUAUCAAAAUAUUCAGUCUGGACACUGAGAAGAACUUGCUUGGUUAUUUAACCAGUUUUAGUGCACCAAAUGUCUGCUCUAUAAAAUGGUUGCACAAUGUUCUUGACGAGACAAAUGAUUUGAAUCUGAUGGUGACUGGCCACACUAAUGGCAUUGCUAAUCUCUCUCUUAUUUCAAACAUCAGGUCUGCAAACUUGACCCACGUCGACCUCAUCAAGCAGUUCAACCACAGAAAGCAUACUUCGUCGACAGAUAUUGGGGAGAACUUUCAAAUCGAGAUAAGCCCGAAAUCGUGGAAGUCUUGUCUGGCCAAUUCUAUGAUGUCUAUCUACAAAGAGAGCAUUUUCUUGUGGGAUACUUCAAGAUCCUCGAGUCCUCUCUACAAAAACAAAGCCCGGGGUAUAAAAUCCUUUGGAGCUAGUGAAAAUAACGACGGGCUGGUUGCUUUUGCAGGAUCCUUCGGUAUCAGGCUGUUUGAUAUGAGAUCUGCAACCCAAACAGAUCUCUGCACUUCGACAUAUCUCUCGUACAAGCACACCAAAACGCGCCUCAUAGAAUGGUCUCCACAAAACCCAUAUCAACUAUGUGCUGCAGUGGAGAACAACAGCAUCCAGCUGUGGGAUAUUCGAAAACAGCAGCCGCUCGCCACCAUGGAUGGCCAUUCAAGUGCCAUCACAGCCGUUGAAUGGGUUUCGGAAAACAGUAUCUUUACAGGAGCCAAAGACGGACGUAUUAUCUAUUGGAAUAUGAAGGACGUCGUGUUCAGAGACAGUCCGGUCAAGUGUUCCAUUGAAGGAAAAGAUUAUGAAAGCUACCAGUGUGGCACAUCCAUUGAGUCUUCCAAAACCGGUAUCAUCAACUUGAAUUCGUCUAACGGGAAGCUUAUUAGUCUUGACGAUAGUUACAUCGGGCUGCACCGCGAGUCUGUGCAGCAGUCACUUCGCAAACCCAGUAAUCAUUCCGAUGUAACCUUAGUCGAACAAGCGCCUCUUGACAAGCUGAUGCGGCAACUCAAUCUCUAUAUCGAUGAUAUAGAGACCUAUAUCUAA